GCGAGCUUCGGGAGCAGUCACUUCAAAGACACGACGAAGCUGCUUCAUAUUACUCGUCAUUCUUGCAACAGCAAAUUGUAGAAAAAUUUCUGGUGAAAAACUUGGUGUUUUAUCUUUAUUUUGUGGACUGUAAUUGCUGUUUCAAUAUUAUAGUUUCGCGUUUGACGUGUAGUGCUCGGUUAUUUCGGUAUUCGCGUUCCGGACGGAAGAAGAAUUCGACGGAAUUCUGGUGGUGAAAAGACCUGUUCCGAAUCCGCAGUGCAGCACUUGAGUCUUCGAAUUGAAGUUCGAUUGGCCACAAAGGUGUGAUAAAAAAGGAGUUUGCAUCGUGGGGGGGGGUGUGGAUUGCUCAUGUGUGUGGUGGGGCUGGAGGAGAGGCAAGGUGUUCAAUCUCUUGGGUCAAGGAGACAUGGUGCCUGACUGAAGUGUUUUUGCGUUUGCAAGAAUUUGGAAGCAGUAAUUAUUGUUGUACGUGGAUUUUCUUGAAGAUUUGGACCGUCAUGCAAGGAUUAAGAAGGUGGUGACUUUUUUGCAGCUUGGAGAAGUUUCAGAAGAUUGACAACAUCGAUUGCAAUUCAGAAGCCAGAAGGACGUUCGAGAACGCAAAGCCCAAGUAGAACAACGAGUAUAGGUACUUAUCUCGCAGAGAAUCGCGAUGACAUGUUCUAGGACGCGUGGUACUGAAAACCGCGGAGACCCAUCCGAAUGACUGACCAUCAAUCGAUCCGAUGGCACAACUGCAGCAACCGAAACAGAAGCAGCAGAAGCAACACCGCCAACGAGUGAAGAUUACAUAAGUUUUUUGUUGAUGUUUUUCCUCGGCUGAGAGUUUGGACGGAUUGAUUCGCGACUGUGGUGGAAUCGUGUGUGGCGUGGCUCAAGCAAACAAGUGUGAUUUCGACGUAGACACAGAGAGAGAGAGAAAGACCUGAAGAACGGAUAAAGGGAAACCCCAACGACUCAGCAAGGCGCAUACUAGACGCAAGGAGGAAAAAGAACGAUGGCUCGAAGUGGGGGCAGCAAGUGUUCUCAUCUGGACAAUGUUGUUCAUCUCUCGUUGGUCGAGCUGUGCAAGCUCAAGAAGGGUGAACCAUGUACGGAGUGCGACGCCAACGGUCCAAACCUGUGGAUAUGUCUGCAGAAAAAUUGUCUCCACAUUGGCUGCUCGGAGCAGUACAACGACCACAGUACGACCCACUUCCAAACGAACCGCACCCAUUGCAUCCACAUGAACCUGUCCUCUCAAAGGAUAUGGUGCUAUUUGUGCGAGUGCGAAGUGUUCCUGGUGCAGCAACAACAACAGCAACAGCAGCAGCUGAGACGAACCUCGGUGGUGAGCAACGAUUCGAGUGAUGCCAGUCGAUACUCGGCCAACAACAAUAACGAGAAGCUGCUGAUGUAUGGGGAUCGGUUUGCCAGUGGAUUUGGAGGUGGCGAAUCCUGUGAUAGCAGCUGCGAAGAAGACGAGUUUGAGAAGCAUGGUAAAUGGAAUGGGCUGGUCGGGUUACAGAAUAUAGCAAAUACUUGCUAUAUGAACUCGGCCAUCCAAGCACUGAGCAACAGUCCUCCUCUAACGGGAUACUUCCUGGAUUGUGGGUCGAUCAUAGAAACCGAUUUGCUCGGAAAUCAAACCGUUUCAAAGCCAGGUUUGGCCAAGCAUUACCACAAGUUGAUAAAGGAAAUGUGGUGUAAGAACAGAAGGUACGUUGUCCCCAGUGGAAUCCUGUAUGGAAUUCGAAUUGUACAUCCUAUGUUCCGAGGCUACCAACAGCAUGACACCCAAGAAUUUCUUCGCUGCUUCAUGGAUCAGCUACAUGAAGAGUUGAAGGAAGUUAUUCAACCACCGCCAGAGCUUUUAUCACUGCAUGGCCGGAACGAUGAAGACAAUGAAGAUCAUUCACCUUGUCCUUCGCCAUCGCCUUCGCAAUCCGAGGCAGAGUAUGAAACAUGUGACAGCGGUGUUUCGGAGCAAUCGAGCCUCUCGGAUGAUAUAUCAGUUAAUAAUAAACGAACUAGAAUGAUUUCGAGAUCUCCUAGCCCCACCGCAAACCAAAGAAGUGCAACCUCGAACAGUCGGCAACAAUCGCCGAUAGGAAGCAAUCGGAGCAACUCCAGCAGCAGUGGAAGCAUGUCUUCUAUGCAGCAGCAGCAGCAAGCCGGCUCCAGUGAUCAGCAACAACAGAAACCUGCAAAGGACAAACUUCCGGAACGGUCCAUCAUCAGCGACAUAUUUGAUGGGAAGCUUCUCUCAUCUGUACAAUGCUUAACCUGCGAUCGUAUUUCAACUCGUGAAGAAACAUUUCAGGAUCUAUCGUUACCAAUCCCCGGCAAAGAUCAUCUGGCAGUGUUGCAUCAGAACCACCCGGGAAUGCCUUCUCCUUCAGCUCAUCCUUCGUCUCCGGUGGCUGGAAGUAGCAGUGGAAUCACAUGCUCUGAUGCGGUCUAUCCGGUAACCGGCGAUAGCUGGAUGUGGUGGUUUUGGAACUGGCCUUUUUGGAGUUGGGUUCGAUCAUGGUUCUGGGGACCAGCCGUUACACUGCAUGACUGCAUGGCAGCCUUCUUCAGCGCGGACGAGCUGAAAGGAGACAACAUGUACAGCUGCGAAAAGUGUAACAAACUCCGGAAUGGGGUGAAGUUUUCCCGUGUUCUUGCCUUGCCUGAAAUGUUGUGCGUCCAUUUGAAACGUUUCCGGCACGAUCUCUCCUACAGCUCGAAAAUAUCCAGCCCCGUUAAUUUCCCCAUGAACGGACUAGACAUGAGGCCAUAUCUGCACAAGGACUGCAAAUCGGAAGUGACCUCGUACGAUCUCUGUGCGGUCAUUUGUCACCACGGCACGGUGGGAGGCGGACAUUAUACCAGCUUUGCGAAACACGAACCCACCGGGAAAUGGUUCGAGUUCGAUGACCAGCUGGUGACGCAAGUCAGCCCGGAGGAUGUCCAGAACUGUGAAGCUUAUGUGCUGUUCUAUCGCAAGAACAACAGCAAAAUGAGUACGAUUCGGGCACAGGCCAGUGAUCUGAUCAGCGUCCAGGAGCACGCUUCUGACAUAAGGUUCUACAUUUCCCGGAAUUGGUUGCACAGAUUCAACACGUUUGCUGAACCCGGACCGAUAGACAACUGGACGUUGCUCUGUCCCCAUGGCGCGUUUCCACCACACAAAGCUCCGUACUUUUCGAAGCUGGUAGUGCCAAUCCCGCAGAUCUUGUGGGACUUUCUGUACAAAAAGUUCGGUGGAGGCCCGGUGUGCAAUCACAUCUUCCCGUGUCAUAUUUGCAAGAAGGCAGCCGAAUCGUUGUCCAGGAGGCAACGAGCCGAGCUGGAAGAAUUCACCGCCUGUAAUGACGAGUAUCAGCAGUACAAUGAUACUCCAACCACGAUCUACGCGAUCUCGAUGGCAUGGUUCCGACAGUGGCAACUGUUUGCUCGCGGUGUCACCACGGAAGAACCAGGACCUAUCGAUAACAAAACCAUUGCAGUUCCGGGGGAUACAAAUGUUCCGCUUCGAAGCGUGCGCCAAGGAUCGGACUACGCCCAGAUCAACUCGGCCUUGUGGCACUUUUUCCACGGCAUCUACGGUGGAGGGCCGGAAAUCGUACUCCGCGGUAAUCCGGUUCCGCCGCCAGAACCGAAAAUCCCGAAAGUGGCUAAGGAACGAGAAAUUGAACCCAUGGACGUGAGUGAACCAACUCCACCAGUGAAAACCACUGCUCCGGCAAGCGUGACCCAGCAGCAUCAGCAUCAGAAGGAGCAUUCCGCUGAAGCGACCACAGUGGAUCCAUCUCCAAGUACCCAAUCUACAACGGCGAAACCCCAGAAAAGUGUCUCCUUUGAGGACAACGAAGGUUACCACGAAAACGACGACGAUCAUAACGAAUCGUCUCGAUCAGUGCAGUUGAAGCGCAAGCAGCUGAAGCAGCAGUCGAAGGAAUCGAAGAAAUCCGAAUCCGACAGCGCCGAUGGACUGGUGACCUAUCUUCGGCGGAAGCAACUCAAGCACCAACAGCACGUGGCCACUAGCCAAGGGGCGGGAGGGGACGGUAAUACGGAAUCGCUGGAGAUUGUCAACAGGAAGGAUCGUCGGCACCGGUCCGGAAUGAAGUCGAACGGGUUUUUCGGGCCGGAAGGAAAGUACCAAACGAACACCGACACUGUCAAUGGUGGGAUCCCACGAACGGAAUCGUUUUCCCAACCAUCGUCAAAUGGAACCAAAGUCAAUUAUAGUACCAUGAGCAACUCCGUCUCCGCCAUGGCGUUCUCAAACUCCUUAGAUGACUCCCAUAGUGCCAAUGCAAGUGAAACACCCGCCGGUGGUCACCCUUCCAAGUCGGUAGAUGAAAUAAUGCCUCUGCUCAACCAAGCGAGCAUAACGAGCACGUCGCUGGAUGAGGACGGCCUAGGUGCCGACGAAAGCGAUAACAACGAAGGACCAGUGACAGCCAAAGGACGUUCCCACCAAUCCAGCCGGAAGGCUCAUGGAAAUCGAUCCGAGUCGGAGAACAGCCAGAGCGGUGAACGCGGAAUGAUGUCGUUCAGUAGAAAGAAGCUAAAAUCCAAAUACAUGAAGAGUAAGGCAGCGAAAGCUGGGAUCGUUCUGGACGGUGCCAAUGGGCAAAUUACCAAUGCAGCAAACGCUGCCAGUGAUAGCGAGAAAUGAGUAAAGCAACCGCUUCGUCGCUUCCGUUUUCUGCCAUUCUCUUGAUAGUCUUUUCUCGCUUUCGGGAUAGGUUUGUUCAAGAACUUUGUAAAUAAUACCGUAUUAUGCCUAGCAUUUUCAUUUUUCAGUUGUUAUAUCUCUGUGCGCAAGGGUUAUCCUCUAUUUCUUUUUCCGGAGGGAUUUUGUUCUUUUAAGAUAAAAGGUAUAUCUCGUAUUAGGUGGUAAAUGGAUGUUGUUACUUUUCGAUAUGAUUCCAUUACACUGGUUUGAUUGUUAACUGUUAUUUUUUCCGUUCUAUCAGGCAAUAAGGCAAAUCCUUCGGUAAAUUUGAUAAGAAAUGUUUUGAUAGAAAUACAAAACAUUCAAAUAGUUGACUGCUUAGUAUUUAAAGCAGUAGCAACAAAAUCGGUAGUAUAACUUAAAAAAUGUUAUUCAUUAUUCAUUUUUUCCAAAUAAUCGAUAACGAAAUAAUUAAAAAAGAUUUACAGCUUUGCUCACUUCACCAAAACGAGUCAGUUACAUUAGGACAAUUGAAGUUAGAACACAAAAAUAGUGCAUUAAACUUGCACUUCCAGUCUAUUUGCACGAUUUUUUGCCUAGCAGGUAGAUUCCAGAUUGUGUGGACUUCGGAAGAAAGUAAACUUGUCAGUCUUGAAAUAAAAUCGUCUUCAAACGGAAGUGUCAAUUGC